AUGGAUUUCCUUCAUUGGCACCCUCAUCAGUCAUCAAUCAGUGAAACAGAGAAAUCGACUGUUUCAAAACUCUCUGAAACCCAUUUUGAGCUUCAUGCCUUCAAUUCCGAUGAAACCCAAAAGGAAAAGCUUGCCUAUGUGGCUCUUGACUAUGAGCAGGAGAUUGAAACUGCCAGGAGCAGCUCCUCCACUGAAAAGAACUAUGAAUUGCCUGAUGGACAAGUUAUUGCCUUUGGUGCUGAGAGGUACCCUGGGGUAUUAAUGAGUGAGGUUGAGGAUGGAAAGCCAUUCAGCCAAGUUGUUAAUGCUGCUAAAAGCCUUGGCUACACUAUUAAUGCAAGUGUUCCUCUGGCUCUAAUUCUUGCUCGGCUCCUUGGACGACGUUUAAACCUAGAUAAUAUGAAGAUUGAAAGCUUGUAUCCUGAAGAAAUGGGACCAGAUGUGAUGCCUCUGGAAGACUUUCUACAAAAUCAACUGCUACAAACAGCUUCACUGAAAACAAAUAGCACAGAAGAAAGUGUCUGGCGAUAUGAAGUUGGCAUCCAAGAAGUUCCAAAAGAUUUUGCAUUGGGAAGAUUAAGAGGAAGUGAUAAUGUGGUGGAGAUAUACAGCCGUUGUUACGAGAAACAACCUUUGGUUAUCCAAGGCGCUGGAGCAGGAAAUGAUACCACAGCAGCUGGUGUCCUAGCUGAUAUCCUUGACAUUCAAGAUUUAUUCCCUUGA